GUCAGGAUUGACGCAUUUCCGGUUGGUUCGACUCAAAUAGUUCGAGCAUGACCCACAGGGCCUUAUGUGAGAGAGCUUUGCUCUUCCUAGCCGUGCUGAGCUGCUUACACUCCAGGAUGUCAGGGCAGGUCACCUUCUCCAAGGACUGGACGAUUGGCAAGAGGUCGCCGCCCGAUCCGCAGUGCAACCCUGCUGUCAAGUCUGCAGACGAAAUCUGCAAGCUUUUUGUUAAUGAAGUACGUCAAAUAGUAGCAUGUGAAACGAAGUCACAUCUGCGGAUGCAGAAGGAAUAUGAUGAAAAUCAAGGUGAAAUGUAUUUUGAAGAGCGAGACGGACGAUAAAUCCUAGCUAACUAUCUACAUCAAUACAGU